UGACAUGCAGAGGGAUUAUCCGUGUAGUUAGCUAUAACACUUAAAACUUUCAACACUUGUAUUUUUCCUGUACAAUGGAUUCUACUUCACCUUCCCGAGCUAAGACAGACAUGCAGCUCAUGUCAGAGUAUCAGUAUCGUAGUCUCUGUCAGGAUAUUGGGACCUCAAAGGUAAUUGAUGCCAAAAGAGACUUAAUGGAUAUAUCAGAAGUUCUGCAGAAUCAAGCACUUGGAAAUGGUGAUGUUUUCAUGGGGAGCGGGAGUAACAGAGAGGGAUUCAGACUACAAGGAUCAGAUGUUGACUCAAUGUUCUGGCCAGAUAAUCACCGUGUGAUAUGGGACUUAUCUCAAUCUUUCAGUUACAAAAUACAGAGAAAAACACUGAUUCUCUCUGACAGUUCUGAUAGUCCUCCAGGAUACACUUUAUUAUAUUUACUGUCACCAAGCUUGAACCAGGAAGUCCAGAAAGCUUGUGUUAAAAUGGAUAAUAAACAUUACAUAUCGAGCUCUAAAUACAUACAGAGCAAAUGUUCUCCUACAUAUCUUAAUUCCAACCCACGCAUGCAUGGACCAUGUAUCAGUAAAAGUCAUGGAAUACUAGACAUAGAUUAUGCCUAUGGUUUUUUCUCUGACUUUUGGCCACCAUCUGCUUCCUCAUGGACAGAAAGAAGCCACUCAUGGCCCAAGCCUCAUAUUGUUGAUGAUGUUUUAAAAAGUGGAUGCCAUUUUGUAGCAAUUGGACACGAAUUGGGAAGGCACGAACACAAUGAAUGGAGAAUUUCUUUCUCUUUGGCCGAAAGAAAACUUGUGUAUUCAAUGAACCAUUGCCAGUUCAUCACAUAUGGCUUGCUGAAAUUUUUUUUAAAAAAGAUAAUUAACGAUGGACAAAGUGAUGAUGAUAAAUUACUGCGUUCAUAUCACAUGAAGACAGCCAUUUUCUGGGUACUUCAACAAAAUGCGAUCCCUGAAUGGACUCCACAAAAUCUCUUGGAGUGUUUUUGGGUCUGCUUUAAACAAAUCCUUAAAUGGGUGUAUGAGGGGGUAUGUCCUAACUUUUUCAUUCCAAAUAACAACAUGUUCCUGAAAAGUAUUCAUGGUAAAGAACAACAUGUAUUAUUUAUUCGACUCUAUAAGUUGUAUGAACAGGGUGUUUUAGAAUGUCUCUUCAUUAAGUCUUGUGAAGGAUGCCAAGAUAUACUUCAGAACCACAUCUCCAUCUGCACUGAUGAGGAUAGUCUGAUUUCUGAGGCUGAUUUUGAUGUCAAGCUAUUUGAAGAAAUUUUCUACAAUGAUACACUACCCGCAUUAAACGCACAAAUGUGUUUAAAGUAUUUAUACACCAUAGAACAGUCGAUAGGAUUACCCCUUUCAAAGUAUCAAGUCAUUGUGGUUCAGAGGCAUACAUGCUCUAUCCUUCAGAAACUUGCGUUUAUAUUACAUAUGGAUUCUCUUACACAAAAAAACAAACGAAAGUACAGAGCUGACAAACUGUUCUGUCAAAUCCUGAAAUUUGCAGCGUCGUUUGGGUGUAUUACCGACAUGCUGUUUAUUGCCAUAUACUAUUACAAGACAUAUAGAUAUAUGAAAGCAUUAUUUAUUAUAAAUUUAAUUAGGAUUAAGUUAGCACGGCCAUAUGUGAUACAAAACUUUGAUGAAGUUCCAGAGAUGUAUAGUAUGGCUCUAGGCUCUCAGUCCUGGUCUACAAAGAUGAGACAUGCUGUGGCAUGGAAUAUUAAGCUUCACAAUAAAAUGCCUUAUAUAAGUGAAUUGAUACCAGAACACCAGUCCAGUCUAAGGAACGAUAUCCCUUCAUUAAUGGUCCCACCAUUUAUACUUUUAAACAUGCUAGAGAUCUUAUGCUAUAAUCAUACCGAUCCAAUGAAAGCACAAAAAAAUCUUUAUAUUUUAAAGAUCAAUCUUCUCCUUGAUGAGGGGUAUCGAAUAUCGACAGAUGUUAGUAACAUAGCGUGGCAUAUAUUGGGCAUGUGUCAACAGAUGACAGGACACUUUCAGGAUGCUCUAUACUCUUACCAACAAUCUCUGAGAGAAGAUCAACUCCACAGCAUUAAAACUGCUACAGAAAAGAGAAUACUAGAAAUUCUAGAAAAAAAUUUUUAAUAUCAUUGAAUAAGUAGACAUUCUUGGAAGAAUGGAAGAAUUUAACAUGUCUUUAAUCAUUUGUAAUCAACUGACUUAUCCGUUGCCGUAUUUAGUACUUUAUAAUAGGAAUACAUUGUAAUAUUGUUACUAUUAAACAGCUAAUGUUUAUGUCCACUGAUUAUAAUUUUAACAUUAUCGACUAAUUUCAAACUGCAAUAUCAAAUUGUUAUACCAGUAUGAGCUGCAUUUUUGAAAAUUUUUGUUUGCUGUUAAGAUGUAUAUUAGUAA